GAAGGAACGCGCGGGUCGGAGCAGUCGAGAUGCCGCGUUCCUGGGUCCUCCUUCUGUUGGUUGGUUUGCUGCACGGGGUGUCUUGCCGGCCCCGGGGAUGGCGUAGGCUUAGAAAUGGCACCAGGGCCUGGAAUGACACCAGGGCCUGGAAUGACACCAGGGCCUGGAAUGACACCAGGGCCUGGAAUGACAUUGAGUCUGGAGAGAUCGGAGAAGAGGGAGGAUGGGAAUUUGGGGACGAAGAAAUGAGAGAAGGGAGAAGGGAGGGAGAAACAGAGGGCGGAGGCGAAAGGGGCGCCGGCGGAAGAGGCGGCGGAGGUAGGAGGGAAGACGACGAAGAACAGGGCGACCAAGGCAGGAGGGAAUACGUCAGGAGGGGAAGGGGAAGGGGAGGCGGUGGAGGACAGGGCGGCCAAGGUUGGAGGGCAUACGGCGCAGGGCAGGGCGGCCAGGAGUCGAGCGAAGACGGCCCAAGACAGGUCGGCCCAGGUUGGAUGGCAUACGGCCAAGGACAGGGCGGCGGACAGGGCCAAGGCGGACAGGGCGGAGGACAGGGUGGAGGACAGGGCCAAGGCGGACAGGGCGGAGGACAGGGUGGCGGAGGUAGGAGGGCAAGCGGCGGAGGACAGGGCGGCGGAGGACAGGGCCAAGGGCAAGGCGGACAGGGCCAAGGCGGACAGGGCGGAGGACAGGGCGGAGGACAGGGCCAAGGACAGGGCGGUCAAGGUUCCAGGGAAGACGGCAGAAAGGGAAGGGGAGGUGGCGUCGCGGACAGGGCGGCGGACAGGGCGGCGGACAGGGCGGAGGACAGGGCGGCGGAGGUUGGAGGGAAGGCAGCAGAAGGGGAAGGGGAGGCGGCGGAGGACGCGGCGGCGGAGGUGGAAACGGCCGCGGAGGUUGAGGCGGCGGCGGAGGCAGCGUAG